UCCCGACUGCGUGCGCGCGGCGUGUCUCCUUCUCACGUCGGGUGCGGGGCCGGGGUGUGCGGUGUGGCGCUGUGCGGGGCGCCCGGCUCGAGCUCGGGGUCAUGGAGGGGCCCGGGGGGGAGGAGCCGGCGGCGGACGACUUAGAGCUGCUUGUGAGGAGUCAGCGCAGGGAGAAGCGGGAGCUGCAGGCCAAAAUUCAAGGUAUGAAAAAUGCUGUACCUAAGAAUGACAAAAAGAGAAGAAAACAGUUGAUUGAUGAUGUUGCCAGACUGGAGGCAGAAAUGGAACAGAAGCACAAGGAAGAACUGAAGCAGCUAAAGGAAACUUUACCCGAGCAGAAUAAGGUAGAUUCUGUGGCUGAUAGUAUUGCAAGUUUUCAGCUUGAGGAAAGAGAGCAACAGAUGCAGCAACCUCGAAUAUCAAAAGCACAGAAAAGGCGGGAGAAGAAAGCUGCAUUGGAGAAGGAAAGAGAAGACAGGAUAGCUGAAGCUGAGAUAGAAAAUUUAACAGGAGCCAGACAUCUUGAAAGUCAAAAGCUUGCUCAGAUAUUGGCAGCAAGGCAGUUGGAGAUUAAACAGAUUCCAUCAGAUGGUCACUGCAUGUACCGAGCUAUUGAAGACCAGCUCAAGAAUCAGCAAAACUCCUGGACUGUUGCAACCCUGAGAAGUCAAACUGCAGAGUAUAUGCAAAGUCAUGUUGAUGAUUUCCUGCCGUUUCUAACAAAUCCCAACACAGGAGACAUGUAUAGCCAAGGGGAGUUUGAAAAGUACUGUGAUGAUAUAGUCAACACAGCUGCCUGGGGUGGUCAGCUAGAACUAAGGGCUCUAUCACACAUUUUGCAAAAACCAAUUGAAGUAGUGCAAAUGGAUUCUCCUCCCAUUAUUGUUGGUGAAGAAUAUUCAAGCAAACCAUUAAUACUAGUGUAUAUGAGACACGCAUAUGGAUUAGGAGAGCAUUAUAAUUCCGUAAAACUGCUAACAGACACUGCUACAGAAAAUGAUAGCUAGUAUACAAGUCAUACGUCCAUAUGGAUAAUGGAUGCCGCUUGACACUUUGGGCUCUUCAUCUGUGGAUGGUUCCCAAGAAAACUGGAAAACAAAAGUAACAAGAAGGAACUUUUAAGAAAGACAAAAGAUUUGGCUACAUAUCAGAAGUAGCAGUUUAAAACAGUACCUAGACUGCUGAUUUAGAUCAUGUUUUAGAAAAUAUUCUCUAAAAUGCUGGCUGUGUAAGCCAUUGUAACUUGCAUAGUUUGAGUAUUUUGGUUUACGUAACACACUCUGCCACAGUGAAAAGAUCAAUAGUAUAUGUUUCAGGUAGCCUGUGGUUUUUUUUUUUUGGUUUUUUUCCCCUGCUUCUGUGCAUUUCUACUGAAGAGUUGAUGUGACUUGCAGGCUCUUAUUAGGCCUUUUCAAGUAGAUUAUAUGGUGAUCAUGAAGAUUUUAUUAAGGCAUUUAAAUGACUGUUGAAUAAUAUUCUGGACUGGAGUGACCGUCAAGAUACUGCAUAGCUAAAACAUACUUAAACAAUAGUAAGAAUCCUCCUAAUACUUUAGUUACAUAAGAGCCAGAGGCAAAGCCAGUGAUGCUGAAUAUACCCUUAUCUGACUCAAAAGGUCGCAAACCUAACUUCUGCUUUUAUGGAUUCUCCUCUUAAUUUUUUUAAUCAGGUUUUGAAAACUUUCUUUUCUUCUGCUGCUGGUAUUUCUGCUUAUGGCCAUAAAUGACAGAACAUGGAUGAUAAUUGAUAACGGCAUUGUUGGUCCACAUAGUCCCACCUGUAGAACAGAGGACAUUAAACUUUUCGUUCUUUUAUAAUUUAUUUUUCUUUACAAUAGUUGGCAUUUCAGAUGAAGACUUAGUGAACUAGUCCAAACACAGUUUAUAGUGCUGCCAUUCCAUCAGAUCUGCAGUUUGGAAUGCGGUUUACAGUACUCAGGUGUGGUCUGUACUUAAAUUUUAAGUACAAUGUACCUACGGUGCUCAGCAGUGUGAAAAAUCCACACUCCUGAGCACCGUAGCCUUACUGACCUAAUCCCUGCUGUACAUGUAGCUAAAUCGCUGGAAGAAUGCUUCCAUCAACCUACUUAGUAUUGUUCGGGGAGAUGCUUUUUCCUACAGCAAUGGAAAAAACCCUGUCGUUGUAGGUUAUGUCUAUGUUAUGGGGUUAUACCGGCAAAACUUCGGCACUGUAGUUAUGCCAAUAUAGUCUCUGUAGUAUAGACACUGCCUUAUACAGCCACUUGCAGACAGUUUUAAAAAUUGUCAUCACUUAAUUCUUAUAAGUAACUUUAAAGAUGACCUGCAAAGAAAUUUGGAUUUGUGUUGUCUGCUUUGCUUCUUUAUGACAUACAGAGAAGGCUUGAAACAUAUAAGGAAAGCCUGCCAAUACCAGGAAAUUAAUUUUUUUAUAUAGACUGUUUAAAACUUUUUUACACUUUUUUUUUUUUUUAACUACCUGAAUAAAUAAUUUGGGGGAGAAGCAGUUUUUAAAGAUGCAACAGUGCUGCCCCUCAGCUGAGGGCUGAAACAGUUUAUAGUCCACAUCCAAAACAUAUGAGUCGUACAGUAAAACCAGAAAACAAAUUGACGUUCCUGGUACUUCUUCAUGCCUUACUUUUUUAUGAUAUAUAUAAAGAAGACAGAAAACCAGCUAUUUUUCUUCUGUAGGUCAUUUAAUGAAAGCACUUUGUGGUCUUGCUGAAAGAGAUGCAAAUGAGGACUUUACAGAUGCCAUAUUUACUUGUUUUAUAGGUAGUCUUCCCACAUAAAGAAUGUUUGAUUAUGAAUUUCACAGCAUGGAGCCUGCCGGGCAAAACAAGUAUUAACCAGUUAUAACAUUGUUUGGCACUCUCUUUAUUCGUUUGGUAUUUAUUGUAACAACUGGAUGAACCCAAUUGAUGUCUUGAUCACAGGAGUCAGACUUUUUUUGCAAUGCCUGUUACCAGAAAUGGAUUCAUUAGUGAGAGAGAAUUUAUAUAGAAAUCUUCUUUAAUGCCAUAAAGAUUUUCACCAUAAUACAAUAAUAUACUGUUUUUAGUGUACCCAAAAUUGAUGUAUUGGGCAGUGUACAUGCUGAUUUAUGUAGCUGAAUGGUGAAUAAUUGUCAGUUAAUUGAGGUUUGAUCAGAAUUUAUUCCUGGGUCACUAAUUGAAAGGGGGAAAAGAUGAUAUUGGAAUUCUGGAAUAUGUCUGUAUCCAACAAUUUGUCCAGUUUAAGAUGUUUUCAACUUGUACAAAGCAAAAGAAUAUUUAAUUAUACUGAGCAAAGGACCUUUGCUCAUGCUGUAUGGGCCUUGCUUUCCCCCCCUGCCCAAAAAAAUAAAGGUAUGGAAACUUCCAUAGCUUUAACCUGCUUGAAUUAAGACAUUAGAAACUGAUUUGUAUUUAUUGAAUUGGAUAAGAUUUCCACUUAUCAGUUUGUCCUGAAAUAGAUUAUCUAUCGCAGAAUUUCUCUGCAGUACUUCCUGUUCCCUCUGAAACUAGUGAACUUAAUGAUUUUCACUUUUGUCAUGAUCCUACAACAGCAUCAUGUAUUAGUCAACCACAAGUUCCAUUCAAGAAGACAACUCUCUAUUAAAGAAAUAGAGAUCCAAAA